AGUAAUAGCCAAUAGUUAACCCUCAAGAUGAGCAUUCAAAGGAAAAAUAUGGCUUGUCCAUAAGCCCAAGUUCACAACAAAACGGGCUAAGCCUAAUUACAUUACCCUAAUUUAGAGAAGGGGAAAAAAAAAAAUGAAAAUCUUGAAUAUUCCAUAUUCCGUUUGGGCUUGAAGUGAAGAUACCUUGAGCCCCAAGGCCAAAAUCCCCAAUUGGCCAAACUAAUUCCACAAAUCAUCUAUAUAUCUCAACUCUACUAGUGGCGCCUCCGCAACUCGGCAGCGACUCACUGAGUCACCACCGCAUUUUACAAAAACCCAGAAAACCGAUUAUCAAAGUUAGGAAUUUUCAAUGGGCGGUGGUAAACGAAAACCUGUCAACAAAUCAAAACCGAGAAGACAACAAUCCCUUUUCGUUGAAGGUGGCAUUUUGGCUGGAUUGGAUUCCCCGCUUUCUUCUACUCCUCGCCGAGGCAAAAAUUCGAAUUUAAGAUCCGGGAAUACUAAAAAUGGGUCGAUUUCUGAUUCUAAGGCUGCUGUGGAAAAAUCCCCACCUAAUUUUUAUCGCUAUGAUUACCCUUCUAUUGAUUUCAAGGCUGUUGGGCAAUCAGAAUCUUGCAUUGGGGGAAAAGAUGAAGAGGGUAGAUCAAAUGGAUUGCAGCCAGUUAUCCUAUUAGGCUCGAAAGAAAACAGGGUUUUUGCUUUUGAAGACGUAUCACCGUCAAUGGUGCCUUCUGAGGUGGAAUAUCGUUAUGAGUAUAAUUCUGAUUUUGUAUUGGGGGAGAGUUCUCACAGUGGAUUGGGGUUUGCUGAUGAACAAGACGAAAUCCCUUGUGUUACUGAGUUGUCAUCUGGUAUGAUGGAUGAAGAAGAAGAAGACGACGACGAAGAGGAAGAAGAAGAAGAAGAGCAGUUGCAUACAGGAUUGGGUUUCUCUAAUAUCCUAGAAAAUUCAGCUAGUGGAGAGUUGUCACAGACAAUUGUCCUUAAGGGAAGAGAGUGGAGCAAUGGUUUUUCCACCAAUGAGAUUGAGGAGGAUGGCAAUGAUGAGGGCUCUAUGGAUCAAGAUAAAGAUGAGGAUGGUUCUGCUUUCCUUCAUGAUAUAUCAGAUAAGACACCAGCAUCUAAAAAAAAUUCUGCAUUUGUGUCAAUUGGAGGUGUGAAAUUGUACACCCAAGAUAUUUCUGAUGACAAUGAGGAGGAGGAAGAAGAGGAUUCAUCUGAUGAGGGGAGCUCUUCUGGAUCAUCUGACAGUGAUUCUGAAGGUAGCUCAGACUUUGAUUCUGAUAUUGAUGAUGCCAUCAUGGAUGAUUACGUGGAUGGAAUAGGAGGAAGCAGUCAAAUUUUAAAGUCCAAGUGGUUAGCAUUACAGGAUCUUGAUAAUCAAGUGCUUGGUGAUGAUACUGAUGAUGAUUCUAGCAGCGAUGCAUAUGGAGAAACUUUAAAAAAAUUGAGUGGUGUUGCCCUUCAAGAAGCAUCUAGGGAGUACGGUAGGCAAAAACAGCGUUCAAAAAAGAAGCCUCCAGUCAAGUCUAAGUCAAAGGGAACUGAUGUUGAUUGGUCUUCAGCUAUGGAUGAUUUAAUGCUAGUUAAGGAUCCAAGACGACAAUCUGCAAAGAAGAAGCAUGUUGCUCAAUUUCCUCAGUCAUGGCCUUCUGAAGGGCAGAAAAGCAAAAGGUUCGGGAGGUUUCCAGGUGAAAAGAAGAAACACCGUAAAGAGAUGAUAGCAGUGAAGCGUAGGGAGAGGAUGUUGCGUCGUGGUGUUGAUCUUGAACAAUUAAACUCGAAGCUGAAGCAUAUGGUUUUAAGUAACAUAGAUAUAGUAUCCUUUCCUCCUAUGCCCCCUCGGGAUUGUUCUCAGGUACAACGACUGGCUGCAAUAUAUCGUUUGAAAAGUGGCUGCCUAGGUUCUGGCAAGAAAAGGUUUGUAACUGUAAGUCGAACACAACACACCUCUAUGCCAUCUGCAAGUGAUGAAAUUCGUCUAGAGAAGCUGAUUGGAUCCAGCAAGGAUGAUGCUGAUUUCCCAUUGGUUAAUACUCCUCAAAGUACCCGUGCCCAUGUCCGUAGUGGGUCUGCUCAGAAAAAAUUUACCAAGAAAUUGGCUGACCAACAAGGCAGCUGCAGCAGCAAGAGUGGGAAGAUAAGGAGUGGGACAAAGCCUGGAGGAUACAAUCAGCCAGUGUCAUUUGUCCCCUGUGGUGUAAUUCAACCGGAGAUCGUCCCUGUCAGCACUGUUGGACUAAAUGACAACUCCCCUCAAGAAAUCAAAGCUGUAGACAAUUCCCCAUCAAUGAUUGGCUCAUUCGAAGUUCACACCAAGGGAUUUGGUUCAAAGAUGAUGGCUAAGAUGGGAUAUGUGGAAGGUGAAGGUUUGGGGAAAGAAGGGAAGGGAAUGGCAUCACCCAUCGAGGUGAUUCAACGACCCAAAUCUCUAGGAUUAGGAAUGGCAUUUGUUGAAAAUAGCAGCGAAACUGUGAACAUAACUACAAGUGGAGGAUCAGCUAGGAAUUCCACUCCAAAUGUCAGAUCAGCCAGGAAUUCCACUCCAAAAGGUGGAUCAGUGAGGAAUUUCACUCCAAAAGGUGGAUCAUCGAGGAGUUCCACUCCAAAAGGUGGAUCAGCCAGAAAUUCCACUCCAAAGAUUGGUGCUUUUGAGAAGCAUACUAAAGGGUUUGGGUCAAAGAUGAUGGCAAAGAUGGGAUUUGUUGAAGGAAUGGGUUUGGGCAGAGAUUCUCAAGGCAUAGUUACCCCAUUGGCAGCUGUGAGACGCCCUAAAGCCAGAGGCUUGGGCGCUGAAGGUUAAAGGUCAUAAGUCAUAUGAUCUCUAAAAGCUUGUGUUCAAAUGCCGAUUUGCCCAGUCUCUCCCACUGCUGCUGCAUUACAGCUCUGCUUAUAGCCUUGUAGGAUGAUCCCAAAGUCGUCGAUUGAGGUCAACAGAUAUAAUCAAAUUUAUAGUUAUUUAACAGUGAACUGCUUUAGGUUCAUGUACUGUUAAACUCUUAGAUAGCAUGUAAAUUGAUGAUAAAAAUAUGUGAUGCUGGGUGCAUUUCAAGUUUUUAGUCUGUAAUCUGAUGUCAAUUAAAUGGAUUUUAAAUCUUUUAAAGCAAUAAAGGUAUCUCGUUACCACCAAA